CCGCUCCCGAUCGACUUUCGUGCACUUUUGUUUGCGGAACCGAAUUCGCUCCACUCAUUAAUUCUUCCCGAAUUAGUUGUAGACGGAUUAAAACCUCGACCCAGUGCGUCCUUCACUCCUUUCAAGAAGUUACACAUCAUUGAAAUCUUCGUGUCCGGAUAAACUCGUCUUGGUGGUGCACGUUGAAGCUUCUCGGCCUAGUUAGCCUAGCUUAGCUUAGCUUAGCUUAGUUUAGCUCAGCUCGCUAGCAAAGAGGCGCGUUUGUCAGCAACACAGCGCAAAUCAGAGAUCGCCUGCGAAGGUGUUGUGAUUAUCGUGUGAAAAAAUGUGCGCAAGAACGACAGCAAAGGACGAGAAGGAACUUUGUGGAACGAAAGAGGAGGACGAGCUUGUGCAGCCUCGUGUUGUGUUCCACACAGCAGACAUCACUGAAGAUUUUCGGACUGAGUGGCAGGAGCCAGAGCCCCCUCACAUUAAAGAGGAAGUGGAGGACGAAGAGCUCCACCACAUCAAAGAGGAAGAGGAGACAAUUUUGAUUAAAAAAGAGGACAAAGAAGUCUGCCCCCAUAUCAAAGAGGAAGAGGAGGAGCAUAUCACCAAGUUUCCAUCGACUGGUGUCCCUUUGAAGAGUGAAGAUGAAGGUCAAAGCGAGACGAGCAGAGGGGCAGAGCCUCCAAGCAGCAGCUCAAGUCAACAUGUAGCAAAAGAAGGAGAUGCAGAUGGCCUCUUAGCUCCACUAUUAGAUGGUGACGACAAGUCACACUCUCCUCACACUGAGGAAAAUUAUGAUUAUAAACAGUCUGAUGGUGAUAAGACAUGUCACACUGACUGCAAACGAUGGAAAUGUUCUGUGUGUGGGAAAACAUUUCCUUAUAAGAGCAUUUUGGAAGAACACGUGAGAACACACACUGGUGAAAAACCUUUUUUAUGCCCAGAUUGUGGAAAAAGAUUCACUCGGAAGGGACACUUAAAAAUACACACAAGAACCCACACUGGCGAGAAACCUUUUUCCUGCUCAGUUUGUGGUCAAAGAUUCUCUGAAAAGGGAAAGUUAAAAAUACACACAAGAACCCACACUGGUGAAAAACCUUUUUCCUGCACAGUUUGUGGUCAUAGAUUCUCUGUGAUGGGACACUUAAAAAUACACACAAGAACCCACACUGGUGAGAAACCUUUUUCCUGCUCAGUUUGUGGUCAAAGAUUUACUCUGAAGGGAGAUUUAAAAAUUCACACAAGAAGCCACACUGGAGAGAAACCGUUUCCCUGCUCAGUUUGUGGUCAAAGAUUCUUUGUGAUGAGACACUUAAAAAUUCACACAAGAACCCACACUGGUGAGAAACCUUUUUCUUGCUCAGUUUGUGAUAAAAGAUUCACUCAGAAUACAGAUUUAAAAAAACACACAAGAACCCACACCGGUGAGAAACCUUUUUCCUGCUCAGUUUGUGGCAAACGAUUCCCUCAGAAGACCGAUUUAAAAAAACACACAAGAACACACACUGGUGAGAAACCUUUUUCCUGCUCAGUUUGUGGUCAACGAUUCUCUGCGAAGGCAAAGUUAAAAAUACACACAAGAACCCACACUGGUGAGAAACCUUUUUCCUGCUUAGUUUGUGGUCAGAGAUUCUCUCGUAAGGAUCGGGUUAAGACACACAAGUGUGCUGGUGAGAAUAGCAGUGAUCAAGGACCUUUUAAUGCAAAUGUAAAUGCUUAAAAAGGUCAUUACUAUGUCACUGACUUAUAUAAAUCUACAUUCUUGUGUUCUGUGUACCACCGUUUGUUGUAUCUUCUUGUCCAUAUAUUUUCUAAGCGCCUCCCACUGCCAAAUGUUUAGCUUGGUUUGAUGACAUCCUAAUAAAUUUGCAAUUUUUCAGCACAUGACAGCAAGCUGUGUUUUUGUUCCCCCUGAAAAGUUUUCAUUUUGAAGGUGAGGGGAUUGCACCUGACAGCUACUGUCUAUCAAAUAUGACAAAUUAUUGGCACUUUAUCAUGUAGUACAUUUGUUUUCACACACCAGCUAUGCUUUGUGCUUUUCAAUUUUUGAUUUUGGUGAUGAAAAAGGGGCAUUCGAAAGGGAAUUAGUUAUUUACUAAUUGCUCCAAAACGUGUAUAUUAUUGGAAAUGACUGCCAGUUUAAUUUUCUUGAGCAAAAGAAUGCAUACUAUGAACUUGUUCGUGAACUGUGGACCAUUAAGACUCAUUCUUCCUUUGAG